CACAGUGUUGAGGGCGAGCCACGGAAAAUCACUGCGGCAGCCGGCGCCCCGCCUCAGUUCCCCUCAGGAGAGCGCACUCGCCUGUGUGGAACGCGAAGGCGCCUCCGGGACGAGGGCGGGUGGUCCCUGCGACACCAGCGUCCGCCCGGCCCGGCCCAGAUUCCCUGUCCCCAGUCGCCGGCGUCGUGAGGCUCCCACGUACCCCAAACGCCCGCGCCUCGUCAGGGCCGCUCAGUCCCUCUGGGAGGCUCCAGGCGGCUCGAGGGCGGGAUCCUCACAGCGCAGGCGCGCGCCUCUGCCGCAGCCAGGGGAGGAGCGCGGCAGCAGCGGCAACCGGCAGCCGUUAACCGUUACCGGAAGAGCCCCGCCCCACGCCCGCCAGGCCUCUCCUCCCUCUCUGCCUCUAAGCCCGAAGCAGAGAGCUCCAGGCUCCGCCUUCAGAGCCUGUCCCAAAGCGUGGCAAGUCCCUUUCCCGGAAGACUAGACCCUCAGCCCGGCGGGCCUGUGGCCCAGGGGGGAUUUCCCGGACAGGCUAGCCAGUCACCAAGAAGCCAGAUGACCAACUGCCCUUGUCUUCGUGCUAAGGUGCCGGAAGAGGGCUUGUUGGCAUAUGCUGAUGGUCAUCUGCACUCUUGGACUCUUCCGUAUCUGCUCCAGCAGAGAACACAGAGCUGCUCCCAGGGACUGAAGAAUGUGCCCCUCACUCCUUAUCAUUUCUCCGAGACUCCUGAGGCCACCUUCCUCUGUGGUGGCUCCUCCUCAUCUGAGGAAUGCUUUACUCCCAGACAAGCCUCCCAAGCCAUUGUUCCCCAUGGAGCAUCAGCCAAGUGUUAUAGAUGUCCAGCUGGGUCCAGGUUGAAAUCGCAUUCCUGGACUCCCGUGGCCUCCUUCACAUGUGAUGAGGCAUCCUCUCUUGAUCUUUAGCUUGCGAAGCGAUGAUUUCGUGAUUCAAGCCAGGCAACAUACUCCUGAAUCGCCGAUUCUGAGGAGUGACAAGCCUUAACACGUUGCCAUAUUUGAGGACAGAACUCCUUCCAGUUGAUUGGGCAUUCUUCAGGUGGCAGACUGACAGUGCGAGGGUGACUAAAUGGUAUGGUGUGGUACAUUCGCUGUGGCCGUUUUUGCUGCUGAAAUCUUGGUUGCUGCUGAAAUCUUGGAGGAAUCUCUUCUGCCUCUUCGGGGCAACACUAGGGAAACCUCUGUGGAGAGAAAAGGAAGUGGGGUGCACACAGAGGGCACAGCUGGGGUGAGUAGCACAGCAUCAGCACCAGAAAGUGGCCUGAACUGCUUUCCUCGUCCAGAAGAAGGCACCUCCAGAGGACUGAGGGAAUUGAGGGCCUGGGCUGCUCUUUACUCUGCCUUUAUUCUGGCUUCCUUCUCCCAGGUGGUGCCCCAGGACCCUGUUAUUAGGGUUCCCUUAGUCCUCUUGUGGUCCAUGAGUUAACUUUCACACUUGUGUACGUGCAUACUUUAAUUCUCUUCAACAGAGUCCGUAAUUCUCAACCGAUUCCCAAAUGGGAAUCUCCUGAGUACCUUUGUGAUACCAGCUACUCAGGAGAUUCACAUAAUCCUGGGAGGUCAAGGCUGAAGCAGGCCAUGAUUACUCCAGCCUGGGUGACACAGAGCAAGACCCAUCCUUGCUGCGCGCGUCGCCCCCUUCGCCUCUAUGCCGCCACUGACGCCAAUGUCUCCUUCUCUGCGCCUCUGUCGCUUUCCUACUUGACUUUUAAACUUAUCUUCCUGACCUCUAGACAAACAUGGUUGCCUGGUUGUGCCGUUUAUUUUCAGUUUAUUCUGAAAGAUUUAUAUUUGUCAAGAUCUUAUACAUUGUGAAAUGUACAUUGUAUCACCAAGGAAACUUACGUAAAUAAUUUGAAUUUGUGCAGAAAGGACUAGAAAGCCUAUUUAGUCUGUAUACGAAGCCAUUAUCCCUGGGCAAUAAAGUGAAUAUUCCUCCCACCUCAACACCUUUGUAUGUUUAAACCCUAACCCCAACGGGAUGGCAUAUGGAGAUGGAGUUCUCUGACAGGUAAUUAGAAUAUGAAGGUGGAACCUCCUCAGUUGGAUUCAUGCUCUUAUAAUGAAGCCAGGUAGCUAGUUAGCUCUCUUCCUGCCAUGUGAAAAACCAAUGAGAAGUAGGUAGUUUGCAGUCCAGAAAAGGGGCCUCACCAGUAUUUAGCCAUGCCAGCACGUUGAUCUCAUCCUUCUAGUCUCUAGAACUACAAAUAAAUUUCAAAUAAAUGAAAUUCUUUUCAUUUAUUUCAUUUAAGUUCAGAGGUACAUGUGUAGGAUAUGCAGUUUGUUACAUAGAUAAACAUGCAUCGUGGGGGCUGUGGUACAGAUUAUUUCAUCACUCCAGUAUUAAGCCAUAUCUAUUAGUUAUUUUUUCUAUUCCUCUCCCUCCUCCCACCCUCUGACCUCCAGUAAGCUCCAGUGAGCAUUGCUCCCCUCUAUGUGUUCAUAUGUUCUCAACAUUUAGCUCCCGCUUAUAGGUAGGAACAUGUAGUAUUUUAUUUUCUCUUCCUGCAUUAAUUUGCUAAGGAUAACAGCCUCCGGCUCCAUCAAUGUCCCUGAAAGAACAUUUUUUAUGGCCAUAUAGUAUUCCAUGGUAUACAUAUAUUUUAUGUUAUUUAUCCAGUCUAUCACUGAUGGGCAUUUGGGUUGAUUCCAUGUCUUUUCCUAUUGUGAAUAGCAGUACAAUGAACGUACACGGGCAUGCGUCUUUAUGAUAGAAAAUUUACAUAUUGCUUUGGGUAUAUACCCAGUAAUGAGAUUGCUGGGUCAAAUGGUAUUUCUGUUUCUAGGUCUUGGGGGAAUUACCACACUGUCUUCAACAUUGGUUGAACUAAUUUACACUCCCACCAACAGUGUAUAUCUGCUCUUUUUUCUCCACAACCUCACCAGCAUCUAUUAUUUUUUACUUUUUAAUAAUAAUCAUUGUGACUCAUGUGAGCUGUUAUCUCAUUGUGGUUUUGGUUUGCAUUUCUCUAAUGAUCAGUGGUGCUGAACUUUUUUCAUAUGAUUUUUGGCCACAUAUAUGUCUUCUUUUCAGAAGUGUCUGUUCAUGUCCUUUGUCCACUUUUUAAUGAGGCUGUCUUUUUCUUGCAAAUUUGUUUAAGUUCCUUAUGGAUGAUCGAUAUUAGACCUUUUUCAAAUGCAUGGAUUGCAAAAAUUUUCUGCCAUUUUUUAAGUUAUAUGUUUACUCUGUUGAUGGGUUGUUUUUCUUUUUUUGCUGUGCAGAUGCUCUUUAGUUUAAUUAGAUCCCAUUUGUCAAUUUUUGCUUUCAUUGCAAUUUCUUUUGGCAUUUUUGUCAUGAAAUCUUUGCCUAUAUACUGAAUGGUAUUGUAUAGGUUUUCCUCUAGGGUUUUUAAAGUUUUGGGUUUUACAUUUAAGUCUUUAAUCCGUGAUGAGUUGGUUUUGUAUAUGGUUUAAGAAAUGGGUCCAGUUUCAAUUUUCUGCGUAUGGCUAGCCAUUUCUCCCAGCAUCAUUUAUUAAAUAGGGAAUCCCUUCCCUAUUGCUUGUUUUUGUCAAGUUUGUCAAAGAUCAGAUGAUUAUAAGUGUGCAGUCUUAUUUCUGGGUUCUCUAUCCUGUUCCUUUUGUCUAUUUGUCUGUUCUUUUAUCAGUACCAUAAAGUUUUGGUUACUGUAGCCCUAUAGUAUAGUUUGAAGUAGGGUAGCAUGAUGCCUCCAGCUGUGUUCUUUUUCCUUAGGAUUUCCUUUGCUAUAUGGCUCUUUUUUGGUUCCAUAUAAAUUUUAAAACAGGUUUUAGUACUUCUGUGAAGAAAGUUUUAAUGAGAAUAACACUGAAUCUAUACAUUGCUUUGAGCAGUAUGGCCAUUUUCACAAUAUUAAUUCUCUAUAUCCAUGAGCAUGGAAUGGAUUUCCCUUCAUUUUUGUCAUCUCUAAUUUCUUUGAGCAGAGACUUGUAGUUCUUCCUAUAGAGAUCCUUCACUUUCCUUGUUAGCUGUAUUUCUAGGUAUUUUGUUCUUUUGGUGGCAAUUGAGAGUGGGAGUUCAUUGAUGAUUUGGCUCUCAGCUUGCCUGUUGUCGGUGUAUAGGAAUGCUAGUGAUUUCUGCACAUUGAUUUCAUAUCCUGAGACUGCUAAAGUUGAUUAUCAGCUUAAGAAGCAUUCGGGCUGAGAUGAUGGGGUUUUCUAAAUAUAGGUAGGAUCAUAUCAUCUGCAGACAGAGAUAGUUUGACUUCUUCUUUUCCUAUUUGAAUAUGCUCUGUUUCUUUCUCUUGCCUGAUUGCCCUGGCAAAAACUUUUAAUACUAUGUUGAAUAGGAGUAGUGAAACAGGGCAUCCUUCUUUUGUUUAUAAAUCACCUACUCUAUGGGAUUUUGUUACGGCAGUACAAAGACAUCUUCAAAAUAGAAUCAUCCUACCAAUAAAACUAAAGUUUCUUCUGUCCUACUUUAGACUUACUCAUAUGCAUCAAUUGAUUUUUAUAAGUUCUGCUCUUAAUCCUACGAUAUGCAGGCACCAUGAUUCUCCAUAUACAACCUAGGGGCCUUGCAUUGUAUAAGCACUGUAUAUGUCAAUGAGUUCUCCAAUUUCUUAAUUUAGAAUUUUAUUACUCAAAUGUUUGAGUUCUCUUAAUUUCUUAAUCUAGUUUUUUCUUCUCAUUUCAUCCUCAAAAAGGUUAAUGUAAUUUCCACUCAUAAAUAUCAAAUACAAACUUUUUUUAAAAUCGAAGUUUCCUGAAGGUUGGCCAGGACUGUGUCUGUUACCUAAUGUACAGCAUGGAUGGUGAUGGAUGAUAUCAAAUCAUUACAUGUAUACCUUGAAUAUAUACUGUCUUUGCCAUUUAAAUAUUUUAAAUAAUAAUAAAAACAUGAAAUUGAGAUGUAUUACAUAUUACUUUUAUUAUGAU